ACUGACCCACUUUGUGGAAGCGCGGUGUGAAUGGGCUUCUGUGAGCCGCCGAGCUGCCGGCGCUCUUCUGAGAACUGCGCACGAUGAAGGCUGGAUUAACGCCGCUUCUAUUAUCAUGUUGCCUUUUUUCUGUCCGAGCGAAGCCGUCGUCCGUGUCGUGUCCCAGCGGUCAGUUCGCGUUAAAAAGCCAGUGUGUGCUGUGUCAUCCCACCUGCGCGGAGUGUGAGGGACACGAGCUGUUUCAGUGCACUGCCUGCGCUUUAGAUGAGGAUGGGAGGGAGCGCUUCCUCCAUCAGGGCCACUGUAGAGCCCACUGCCCUCGGGAGUUUUACCCAGAUCGAGUGCAGUACACCUGCCGGCCCUGCAUAACCAACUGUGAAAUCUGUGCGGAUGGCCACAUGUGUGCCAAGUGCAGGGAAGGAUAUAAGCUCCAGAGUGGGCUCUGCCAGACAGCGCUGUGUGGAUCAGGCCAGGUUCAGGAUCCAGACUCAGGAGAGUGCAUUGAUUGUGAGACUGGCUGCAAGACCUGCUCUGCUGAUGACCCGGAGUACUGUAACAGCUGUGCUGAUGGCUACUUUCUCUACAGGCACCAGUGUCGCCGGCACUGCCCCCAGAGGAGCUAUGAGAACCGCAGCAGGGGCCUGUGUCUGAGCUGCCCGGAGCCAUGCUUAGACUGCAGGAGUGAAACGCUGUGUCUGACCUGCCAGUCUGGUCACUUCCUCCACAAUGGUGCCUGUGUGAAAGAGUGUCCCCAGGACACAUUUGGUGAUGCCAGAGGGUGGCGCUGUCAGCCUUGUCACACUUCUUGUCUGACCUGCCACGGUCCAGGAGUGAGAGAAUGUGACAGGUGCAGCGGCUGGAACCGUCCCAUUUAUGGAAAGUGCCCUAUCAUCAGCUGCCCUGAGGGCCAGUACUUUGAUAAUGUGAAUCGUGACUGCCGUUAUUGCGAUGUAUCCUGCAGGACGUGCUAUGGGCCAAAGGCGCAAAACUGCUACAGCUGUGCUGCUGGGUACAUGUUGGAACAGCAGGAUGCGGUGUGUGUACAGCACUGUCCAACAGGGUUCUAUGCUAACAGCUCAAGCCAGCAGUGUGAGAGGUGCUCAGCAAACUGUGAAGUGUGUGAGAGCGGAGAUAAGUGUGUCAGCUGCAAGACUGGCAUCUAUCAGCUCUUUCUCUUCCAGGGCAGCUGCUGGUCAGAGUGCCCAGAUGGUUAUUUUGAGACGGAGGAUGGGACGUGUGAGCCUUGUGAUGACCUCUGCUUGACCUGUGAUGGGAGUAGGUCGCAGUGCCUGGCGUGCAGAGAGGGUCUCUUCUUGGAGAAUGGCAUCUGCAGACAGAAUUGCUCCCUCAGGAGUUAUUCUUCUGAGGACGGUACCUGUCGACGCUGCGGCCCUCACUGUGAAAUCUGCACAGAUAACAAUACAUGCUCCAGGUGUAGUUUUCUCUACCUGCUCUUGAAUGGCAUGUGUAAAGCCAGUUGUCCAGAGGGUUACUUUGAGGACUUGGAUCAGGGCCUGUGUGUUCGCUGCCAUGUGUCGUGUGCCACGUGCUCUGGCCCUCUCCCAGAUGAUUGCGAGAGCUGCUCUGCUCUUGCCCCGAAGCUGUAUGAGGGCACAUGCUCAGAGGACUGCCCAGCAGGCACCUACUACCAAACCUCCAGCAUGGAAUGCCAAGAAUGUCACCGGACAUGUGCUCGGUGUGUGGGCCCGGAGCCCACCCAGUGCUUGCAGUGUGAAAAGGGCUUGGCACUGGACCCCAACACCAUGAUGUGUGGUGUGACCGGAGACUCUGACUGCCCACCCAGAACCUUUCUCCAUGACAACCAGUUCACAUGCCAGGCGUGCCAUCGCCACUGCCAGUCCUGUGAGGGGCCAGGUCCUGCAGACUGCCAGACGUGCACCCUGCCCCGAUACCUCCACAAUAGCUCAUGUGUGAUGGAGUGUCCGGAUGGCACUUACAGCGCUCAUGAGGAGGCUGAUGGGGUUGAGUUGGGUUUCUGUAUGCCUUGUGAUCAUGUGUGUGCCACUUGUUCUGGAGCUUCUCAUAACGACUGUCUGAGCUGCUCUCCGGGCUACCUGCACCUACUCUCUCAUCUCUGCGUCACCCACUGUCCCACAGGGUAUUACAGUACAGGCGAGCAUUGUGAGAAAUGUGACGAGUCGUGUGAGCUGUGCACAGGUCCGGGUCCAGAAGCCUGCAGGGUGUGUGUUCCUCCUCUUCUGGAGCUGCAGGACACUAGACUGUGUGUUGAGCGCUGCCCCCAACGCUUCUAUCAGAGUGGACACAGCUGCAGGCAGUGCCACACCAGCUGCCAGACCUGCACAGAUAACACACCUCUGAGCUGUGUGACUUGUGAUUGGGGCAGCGUCCUGCAGGAUGGAGUGUGUUAUCCAUACUGUGAAGAAAGCCGUUACUUCUCUCAGAGUGAGGUGUGUGAGCCCUGUGAUGACUCCUGUAAGCACUGUGCCAGUGCUGGACCUGAGAGCUGUCUGACCUGCCACACUGGUUUUGGUCUUCUUGCUGUGGCUGGCCGCUGUUUGCCCUGCUGCCAGCCUGAGGAGACAGCCAGAAACUGCUGCCUCUGUGACUCUGCUUCAGCACUGUGUUUGGAGGCUCCUGUGCGAGCAGGCAGUCAGGCCGAAAAUGAGAUGAAUCUGAAGUCUCAGGCGUUUCAUCACGCCUCUGCGGCUUUGCCUGCAUCUCUCAUCCUGGCUGUAGUCUUGGCGCUGGUCGUGUUUGCUCUGGUGCGGGCUCGUGCCAGGAAGAGGCUGUGCUGGAGGCGGAGCUAUGAGAGACUGAGCGGGGCUGCCAGGCCGGACCCCCGGCCCAUGCCCCACGGCGUCCCUGAGCCAGAGGACAGCGGGGACGAGGCAGACGUGGUGUACACCUGCCGGGACGGAUCCGUCUACCGCCGCUGCAGCUUCAUCCAUGAGCCUGACACAGAGGAAGAGGAGGGUGAGGAAGAGGAGGAGGCCACUGAGAACACACACCUCAACAGAGCCUAGUGGGAGCUCACACACUGAAGUACUGUUGGCACUCCCUACAAGACUGCGCUUGAGACAAAACAGCCUGGAUUGGAAAAUGGACACUUUUUUAAAAUCCCCAUCAAUCCAAACUGUAAUCUUUGUUGCUUUUUUGUAUUCUUAAUUCACUUUUUGUUUGUAGACAAUUGCUUUUUAUAAGCAGAAUACAGAUACUUUUAUUGUAGCAUAUCUAGUAUAUGUAUGACACAGCACCUGUUUUUAUGUUUAAAGUAGUGUAGUUUGUUUUAACACAGUGUAGAUUGGAAUAUAAAGAUUAUAUUUUGUAAAUAAAGAACUGUAUUCAAUUAAUUGUAUUAAACAGUGCCAUUCUUUAUGCAUAUUCUGAGAAUCUAUUGAUUUAAAUGCAGCGAAUUUCAGCUAACAAAUUGCAUAGCACUCUUUGGAGGUGUUUCCUUGUGUGAAUUUUAUGUAAUUAUGAUUGAUUAGUUUCCUUUAAGAACUGUUGUUUUUCUUGAAAGAAAAAAAAGAAAAAGGUUUGUAAAAUAUCAGUUAAAGGGCCAGUUUCCGUCAUAUUUGUUGUAUUUAGUUUUUUGUAUUCAGUCCACUUAUCUGUGUGUUUUUAUGUACCAAAAACAGAUAGAAUUAUUUUUUAGUUAAUUAUAUUCCAACAUUCCUUUAUCCCUAUACCUAUUUAUGU